AUGGCCGGCCUCCAACAACGUCAUUCCCAACCACCGGUCCCGCGAAAUAAUAACCCAGGCGGUCCUUCUAAUGGCGAAGUUAUCGCAGUUUUGAAGACUCUUCCAAAAGACGGUCCAUUCGCUGUUGCGGAUGACACACAGAAGCUCGAGUUUCUUCGACAGCUAUAUGUGCCUCUUCGCAGACUGUUUGGUACCACGACAACUCGUUCCAAAGCGAACCAUGACCGAGUCAAAAGCGUUGAUCGCCUCGAGGUGCUUCCAACCCUACAUGAUCGUUUCUCCCGCUUCGAAGAAAACCCCUUUGAGUUCUGGGAAAGACUCAUUGAGCCUUUACCACGAUAUAGCGAGCAAGCAGACCGGAAUAGGGCAAAGACUUUCCUCGAAGGUGCAGCUCAAUUAGAUACUAAUAUCGAUGAGCAACGUAUUCUACGGAGGUUUGUUGCUGUCUCUGCCUACAAGCUCUUUAAACGAGCGAUUCCCUCGUCAGGGUCUCGAGUGGCGAACAAAAGCGUGGAGCGAUUUCUGACUGGUGUGGGACUUUCUAUUUCAGACAAUGAUGUUGACAAAUUCGGUGACAUCAUUCGACGAGGGCAUAGACAUACCACCUUCUGCCAGGAACUUGCAGCCGGUGUAUUGGUCCAUAAAAAUAUGGAAGCCGAUGAUCAUAGCAACAGUGGUCUUGUAAAUAGGGAAGAAUACAAUGAGGUUUACGGACCCUUAUUCUUCUCAUCUAUUCCAGAUAGCAUAUGGGACGAUAAAGGUCUCAUUGGAGAAGAUUUCGAUCUGACUAUCCAACAUCUUCGAAAAAUCGACAUCAUAAGGAAAUCUGAAGAUUCAAAUGCAGCUCGUAUGGCUAAGUCCCUGCUGGAUUUUCAUGCCAACUUCAUUUGGAUGGCCGAACUCGACCCGGGGCAGAGCUCAUCGGGCAAAAGAAAGCACAAUACGAAGAUACAUACAAGAACUGGCGGAAAGAGAAGUAAGAAAGGGGUUCCAGAGUCAUUUCCUACUCUCGAGACCGACAACCUAGGAAGUACCAAACGACUUGGAGAAUUCAUUCCAGACGCGCAGCUACUCACGGCAUCGGCAAGUGAGAGAUCUUGCAUGCCCAAUGAUAUAGGGUCUACUUCAAACUCUCUUGCGGGGCAGGCCUCAGAAACCAAUCAGUCCAGAGCAGGUCCAGCGCAACAAGAGGAACAGGAAUCUGGAAAUAACACACAAGGAUCAGCCAGCAAUGAAGUUCCAUCCCGGUUCAAUACGUUAGUUUCGGCUGCAUGCUCUGCACACUCCGCCCAAGAGAUGUCUGUCGAAACGACAACAAUGAAUUUCGUCCCUCCACAGUCACCACAAGAUGAAGAAACACUUCUUGACCUCACUGCUCUUGAUUUUGUCGGCCCACAGUGUUCUAUAUCGAAUAAUGAGAAUGUCCUUGAUUUAACGGAUCUCGAUUUUGUUGCUCCCUUGCUUGAUAUGGCCGAUCUUGAUUUUGUUGAUCCGCAGUACUCUUUCUUCCCUCACUUUUAUUCUUUUGAACAAAAUGUACCACUUACUCAAAAUCAACACUAG